AGACCCUUCACAAAACCCUAUUAAAAGAGGCGGUGCAGUUGCGUGUUUUGCAUUCCUCAAGGUCCUCUCAUCAGAGACACUUUUCCAAACACGCUCUGCUCACCCACAACAGAAACCCUAGAUACAGAGAGAGAGAGAGUCACGAUCAGAAGAAGCGAAAACAAUGGGGGUUGUAAACGCGCCGCCCAAUUUGGAGUGCAGAAUGUACGAAGCCAAGUACCCGGAGGUAGACACGGCGGUGAUGGUGCAGGUGAAGAGCAUCGGUGACCUCUGCGCCUACGUCUAUCUUCUGGAAUACAACAACAUCGAAGGGAUGAUCCUCCUCUCAGAGCUCUCUCGCCGCCGUAUACGGAGCAUCAACAGCCUCAUCAAGGUCGGCCGCACCGAGCCCGUCAUGGUCCUCAGCGUCGACCCUGACAAAGACUACGUCAAUCUCAGCAAGCGCAGAGUCGCCGAGGAGGACAUUCUCGCCUGUGAGGAUCGCUAUAAUAAGAGCAAGCUCGUUCACUCCCUCAUGCGCCACGUUGCCGAAACUAUGGCCGUCGAUUUAGAGGAUCUGUAUAUCCAUGUUGGCUGGCCUUUAUACCGAAAAUAUGGCCAUGCUAUUGAGGCAUUCAAGUUGAUUGUUAAUGAUCCUGAUUCUGUUCUUAAUUCUCUCAACCGUGAAGUCAAAGAAAUUGGUCCAGAUGGACAGGAGGUCACUAAGGUGGUUCCUGCUAUGUCAGAGGAAGUCAAAGAUGCUUUUGUGAAAAACAUCAGGAGAAGAAUGACUGCACAGCCAUUGAAGAUUCGGGCUGACCUUGAGUUGAUAUGUUUCCAGUUUGAUGGUGUUCUUCACAUUAAGGAAGCCAUGCGCAAAGGUGAAGCUGCUGGCAAUGAGGAUUGCCCUGUGAAAAUUACAGUUGUUGCUCCUCCAUUGUAUGUUCUUAACACUCAGACUCUUGACAAGGAACGGGGGAUAUCAAUUCUUAAUAAAGCAAUUGCAGCUUGCACUGAAGAAAUAGACCGCCACAAUGGGAAACUUACUGUGAAAGUAGCACCUAGAACGGUGAGUGAACGGGAGGAUAAAUUGGCUGCUGAACACAUGGCUCAGCUUGGUGAGAAUGAAGCUAGUGGAGAUGAAGACAGUGAAGAAGAGGAAGAUACAGGAAUGGGAGACAUUGAUUUCGAGAACUUGAGUUCUCAGAUAACACAGUGAAAUAUGUAGGUUGUCAAUAACUUUGAAAUUACAGGUCUCUCUCUCUCUCUCUCUCUUACAUUUUUUUUUUCCACAACUUGGAAAUGGCUUGUUGCUAAGCUAACUUAGCAAAUAUUGAACAGCUUUCAAUUAAAUGUGAAACAUUUUUGCAGCUUUUAACGUCAUCAUUGACACUAACCGAUAAUGAAAUUACACAUGGGAUAGUUAACCUCGUUAUUGA